AUGCCUAAGCGUGGGGCUGAAGCCGGAGUGGGAAAAGAGGAUUCAAGUGGCCAUGGUGUGUAUGGUUUUAUCGGAGAUUUGAUUCGCGAAGGAAAAGAUGCCAAAUUUGUGAAUAAAAAGGGGCGCUAUGUCCUAAACUGGUCCAGAACCUUGGAGCGCUAUGCCAUCUACAAAUCCAAGAAAAAUCCUCAGUUUAAAAGCAAGAACAUUAAUAGGAGGAAGGCUAGCAAUGGUCUGAGGGCAGCCUUGCUCAACAUUUACAAAAAAGAUGGAGCAAAAGAGUACAAAGAAAGCAAAAAGAUCAAUGACAAGGAUGAAGUCAUAGAGAGACAGUUCCAGAUGCCACCUAAAGUGUUUCAGUCACUGUUUGGAUCUAAAGUGGAACUUUCAGAUGACAGUGAUCAUGAGACAAGCAGCACAUCUUCAGAGGCUGAUGAGAAACUGCAAGUGUCACCUGACGUAGGCAGGUCUCCUGACACAAGUGACACAGGUUUUGAGGAAGCCAUGGAUGUCUCUGAUGGUAAUAGUGACUUAAUAUUUUGGGCCUGUUUUGGAAAAUUGUUUGAUCAGGGUUUUAUCAUUUGA